CACGCUCAGACUCUGCAGGACCAUUGAGGAACGCAGCAGUAGCUACAGCAGCGCUCGUGUUGGCACGCGUCAGGUAAAAGUCCCAGCACCGUAAGAUCUGGACAGGCUAACACCACCCAGACCCCCUCCGGCACCAUGGCUCAAGCAGCCAAACACCUCCGCAAGAACAAGGAUUUAGAAGCCCAGGCUGAACAGGAGCGCAAAGAGAAAGAAGAAGAAAAGGUCAAGAAGAGGAGCCGCUCGCGGGAUAAAAAGCGCAAGGCCCACGCCGUGCAUCGCUGGCUAAUCGAUCAGGACAGUAGUGUGAGCUCUGAGAUGCCGGAUGGCCAAGGAGUAUGGCUCUAUGAUGAUGAAGCAGAUGCUGGCAACAGUUUUCUCCGAGCGGCCCGUUCCGGCAACUUGGACAAGGCUCUUGAACACCUUAAGAAUGGCCUUGAUAUAAAUACAGCCAAUCAGAAUGGGCUCAACGGGCUGCAUCUGGCCUCGAAAGAAGGCCAUGUCAAAAUGGUGCUGGAGUUACUUCACAACGGAAUUGUACUGGAGACCACCACAAAGAAAGGAAACACGGCCCUGCACAUUGCGGCCCUGGCGGGCCAAGAGCAGGUGGUCACGGAGCUGGUUAACUACGGGGCCAACGUCAACGCUCAAUCCCAGAAGGGUUUCACUCCACUCUACAUGGCUGCACAAGAAAACCAUCUAGAGGUUGUGAAGUUUCUUCUGGAGAAUGGGGCUAAUCAGAGCGUCCCAACCGAGGAUGGAUUUACCCCUCUGGCUGUGGCUCUGCAGCAAGGCCAUGAGAAUAUUGUUGCCCUACUCAUCAACUAUGGCACCAAGGGGAAGGUCCGCCUCCCCGCGUUGCACAUUGCAGCGCGCAAUGACGAUACACGCACGGCUGCGGUGCUUCUGCAGAACGACCCAAACCCUGACGUGCUCAGCAAGACUGGAUUCACACCGCUCCACAUUGCUGCACACUAUGAAAACUUAAACGUGGCUCAACUUCUUCUCAACAGAGGAGCCAAUGUCAAUUUCACCCCAAAGAACGGCAUCACGCCCCUUCACAUCGCAUCCAGACGAGGGAAUGUGAUCAUGGUCCGACUCCUGCUGGAUAGAGGAGCACAAAUAGAUGCCAAGACCAAGGAUGAGCUCACUCCUCUGCACUGUGCAGCCAGAAACGGUCAUGUCAGGAUCAUAGAGAUUCUUCUUGACAAUGGAGCCCCCAUCCAGGCAAAGACCAAGAAUGGCCUGUCCCCAAUCCACAUGGCGGCACAGGGGGACCACAUGGACUGUGUCAAGCAGCUACUUCAGUAUAACGCAGACAUUGAUGACAUCACGCUGGAUCACCUGACACCUCUGCAUGUGGCUGCACACUGCGGACACCACAGAAUGGCCAAAGUUCUGCUGGACAAGGGGGCCAAACCCAACUCGCGGGCACUGAAUGGCUUUACUCCGUUGCAUAUUGCUUGUAAAAAGAACCACAUGCGUGUGAUAGAUCUUCUACUCAAACAUGGAGCAUCAUUAGAGGCGGUGACUGAGUCCGGCUUGACGCCCUUGCACGUGGCAUCGUUCAUGGGUCACCUCAACAUUGUGAAGAUCCUGCUGCAGAAAGGAGCUUCACCAAGCGCCUCCAAUGUGAAAGUGGAGACCCCUCUCCAUAUGGCAUCUCGGGCAGGACACUUUGCAGUGGCAGAAUUUUUACUACAGAAUGCAGCACCAGUGGAUGCCAAGGCCAAGGAUGACCAAACACCGCUGCAUUGUGCUUCACGAAUGGGCCACAAAGACAUUGUGAAGCUGCUGUUGGAGCACAAAGCCAAACCAAACUCCACAACAACAGCAGGACACACUCCUCUUCACAUCGCUGCCCGGGAGGGUCAUGUGCAAACCGUGCGCAUCCUGUUGGACAUGGAAGCGCAGCAAACUAAGAUGACUAAGAAAGGCUUCACUCCUCUUCACGUGGCUUCCAAGUAUGGCAAGGUGGAUGUUGCCGAGCUGUUGUUGGAGAGAGGAGCUAACCCAAAUGCUGCUGGAAAGAACGGUCUGACUCCACUGCAUGUGGCCGUGCAUCACAACAACCUGGAUGUUGUCAACCUGCUUGUCAGCAAAGGAGGGUCACCACACAGUGCAGCCCGGAACGGCUACACCGCCCUCCAUAUUGCAUCCAAGCAGAAUCAGAUGGAGGUGGCUAACAGCCUGUUGCAAUAUGGAGCUUCAGCUAAUGCUGAGUCUCUACAGGGAGUCACACCUCUCCACCUGGCCUCGCAGGAAGGAAGGCCCGAUAUGGUCUCUCUGCUUAUUUCCAAGCAGGCUAACGUCAACCUUGGCAACAAGAGUGGACUGACUCCGCUCCACCUUGUGGCACAGGAGGGACAUGUUGGCAUUGCGGACAUCUUGGUCAAGCAAGGAGCUUCAGUCUACGCUGCUACACGGAUGGGCUACACCCCUCUUCAUGUAGGGUGUCACUAUGGCAACAUCAAAAUGGUGAAGUUCCUGCUGCAGCAACAAGCCAAUGUCAACAGUAAAACACGGCUUGGUUACACUCCACUGCACCAGGCCGCCCAGCAGGGACACACAGACAUUGUCACUCUGCUACUGAAGCACGGAGCUCAGCCUAACGAGACCACCACAAACGGCACGUCAGCGCUCGCCAUUGCCAAGAGGCUUGGCUACAUCUCUGUGAUCGACGUUCUGAAGCUCGUGACUGAAGAGACGGUUUCCAUGACCACGACAGAGAAACACCGCAUGAGUUUCCCCGAAACAGUAGAUGAGAUACUGGAUGUGUCCGAGGAUGAAGGACUUGCACAGCUAACAUUAGGAGAGGAGCUCCUGGGGACAGAAGGGGCCAGGUACAUGAAGAUGGAUGACAUGAAAGACCAUGAUGACGAUUUCCUCUCCCCCAAGAAGUCCCUGGAGUACGAGAGAGGGCUGGGCACAGCAAAUUACUCACCAGCCAUUCCCAGAAUUCCACGGGUUUCUCCUGAGACCGUGAUCCUGAAAGAGAACGAGAUUGAUCAGCAGCACACUCCACUUCCACUGCCAAAAGAGUACGAUGAUGACUCGCUCAUCCCCAGCAGCCCGGCGACUGAGACAUCAGACAAUGUCAGCCCAGUCGCCAGUCCCAUACACACAGGGUUCCUGGUCAGUUUUAUGGUGGAUGCUCGUGGCGGCUCAAUGCGCGGCAGCAGACAUAAUGGGCUGCGUGUCAUCAUACCUCCACGGACAUGUGCGGCCCCCACGCGCAUCACCUGCCGCCUGGUGAAGCCGCAGAAGCUAACUAACCCUCCUCCACUGGUGGAAGGAGAGGGUCUGGCCAGCAGAAUAAUCUCCCUCGGACCAGCUGGCAUGCAGUUUCUUGGCCCAGUGAUCGUGGAGAUCCCUCACUUUGCUGCUUUGGGUCGUGGUGACCGCGAGCUUGUGGUGCUGAGGAGUGAGAACGGAUCCGUGUGGAAAGAACACCGUAAUCGCUAUGGCGAGGAGGUCCUGGAGACCAUCCUCAAUGGGAUGGAUGAAGACUUGGAGAGUCAGGAGGAACUCAUCAAGAAGCGAAUCCGCCGCAUCAUCACGACGGACUUCCCGCUCUAUUUCGCCGUCGUGUCGAGAGUCCAGCAAGAGAGCGACCUGAUUGGCCCCGAGGGGGGCUCAUUGACCAGCAAGCUGGUGCCCAUGGUUCAGGCCUCCUUUCCAGAGACGGCGGUCACCAAGCGAGUCCGUCUGGGGCUGCAGGCUCAGCCCGUUCCAGAUGAGCUGGUGGCCAAGCUGCUGGGUAACCAGGCCAACUUUAGCCCCGUGGUGACGGUGGAGCCUCGGCGGCGCAAGUUCCACCGACCCAUCGGCCUUCGCAUUCCCCUGCCGCCAUCUUGGAAGGAAAGCCCUCGAGACUCCGGGGAGGGCGACACCACCAGUCUGCGCCUUCUUUGCUCUGUCAUAGGUGGAACAGCUGCAGCCCAGUGGGAGGACAUUACUGGUACCACCAAGCUCAUGUAUGCUAGCUCUUGUGCUAGUUUUACAACUAACGUGUCCGCACGCUUCUGGCUGGCAGACUGUCCCCGCACAGCAGAGUCUGUGUCCUUCGCCAACCUCCUCUACAAAGAGCUGUCCGCUGUACCUUACAUGGCAAAGUUUGUUGUUUUCGCAAAGAUGAACGAGCUGCGGGAAGGCCGACUACGCUGCUACUGCAUGACGGACGACAAGAUGGACAAAACGCUGGAACAGCACGAGAACUUCACAGAGGUGGCCCGCAGCAGAGACAUCGAGGUAAUGGAGGGAAUGCCGCUUCACCUGGAAUGCUCAGGGAAUCUGGUGCCUGUGCGGAAGGCAGCCCAGCAGCCUCGCUGUUUCAGCUUCCAGGCCUUCAGAGAUAACAGACUUCCUGUCUCUGUUAAGGUGAGAGACAGCAGCAAAGAGCCCGCCGGCUUCCUGUCCUUCCUGCGUAAGACCACCAAGUAUGAAGACUGCCAACAUGUCCUGUGUAACCUCAACAUCACCAUGCCUCCAUGUAUCAAGAUUAUUGGAAGUGAAGACCGCAGGCGAACUCUGACCCCGUUGGCUUUGAGAGAACGAUACAGCGCCCUGAAUGAACCUGCCAUGGCUGCAAUGAGUGCGAUGGAGCGUACUGAACUGAAGAUGGCUGUCAUUGCGGAACAGUUGGGACUGAGCUGGGCUGAGUUGGCACGUGAGCUUCAGCUCAGCGUGGAUGACAUCAACAAGAUUCGCGUGGAGAAUCCAAAUUCUCUGCUGGAGCAGAGCUCUGCACUGCUUAACCUGUGGGCGACACGCGAGGGCAAAAGAGCUAAAAUGGAGAGCUUGUACACGGCCCUGAAGAGCAUCGAUCGCAUGGACAUCAUCACCAUGUUGGAGGGCCAACCUGCACAGCCCACCAGACAAGGCUCUCGUGAUCUCACCAGACGACGACGCGAUGACAGGGACCACCUCUCUCCCGCCAUGACCAACGGUUAUGGGCUGGCGCCGGAUGAGCUUCUGUCCCCGGCCUCCAUGCAGUACAGCCUGCCCUCGCCGCUGGGCGCUGAGGCCUACUGGCAGGAAGUCUCCAGCCUGGACUGUGCACCCAUUGCCACCACAGAGGAGGACACCCUCAUGGAGAUGUCUGACGUGCAGGUGUGGCCCUCAGGUAACUCCCCCUCCCUGGUGCCCGUGGAGGACUCCUCGCUGGAGUGCAGUAAUGCCGACGACUCUGAAGGCCUGCUCGGGCUGCCUUACGGAAGUCUGGGCCGGCCGGCCAGUCAGGCCAGCGCCACCAGCGGAGGGGGCGGCGUGCUCAGCUCGAUCGAACUCCCCGAGGACGAUUCCGAAAUGGGCGUCGACUCUCUCAGCACCGCCACGCCGGCCUCGCUCGGCGGCACCAUCGCUGGUAUCAAUCUUAACGGACUGAACAAUGGUCAGGGGUCAGAGGCAAGUUCGGAGAUAUCGGCCAUCACUAGCACGACUGGUGGCAAUGGAGGAGGAGGUGGAGGAGGGACAGGCUCAGAGGAAGGGCAUGCUUUUGUUGCAGGACAACAAAGGCUGUAUGCCCGACUCAGUGAGUCUGCUGGUCUCACCUGCGUUGCAGAUCGCAAUGGAGACAGGUCAGCUAACGGUGGAAGUGGAAAUGGAAGUGGGAGUGGUUCUUUCAUCUCCUACCUGCAGGAGCAGACAGGCCCAGGAUGGAGCACUGUCACUGACCCACAGGCCUGGGUGGGCAACCCUCCAAAAACCAGACAGGUCAUUGACACCAUGAUAUCCUCAUGCUGCAACUCUGUGGACGGAGACCAAUCCCAUGUAUCCCAGGAGGCCUUGCUGCAGCCUGUAAGGGACAUGGGACAUUCAGAGAUUUUGCGGGGCCACUUCCGGGGUACUCAACCGUUUGAGAAGGGCUUGGGCUUCCCGCACAGGAAUCCAGAGCUGAGGGCCUGGGAGGACGCGCGCUUCAAAGGACAGGGCGAUGAGGCUGAAGAUCUUCAUGGGGAGCAGGUCAGCGAGGAGCAGUUUACAGACGAACAUGGAAACAUUAUCACUAAAAAGAUCGUGCGAAAGGUUGUGCGCAGAGGCAAGGGCGAAGAUGGCGUUCAGGACGUGAGCGUGGAAGGUUCUCUGCAAGACGCCAACGAGCUAGAAGUAGACGCCGAGCAGUUUAUGAGCUACGCCAUCCUGGGCCGGGAAAGCAGCAAGCCCGAUACUGUGGAUACUAUGAAGAAAGGUGCUCAGAUAGUGAAAUGUGCCAGUCUGCGGAGAGUUAAGCAGUGAGGCAGGCUGAGUGCUGCUUUCCCGCAGAGUUCUCUGCAGGACUCCACCCCAUCACCAAAAACCUCCUACAUGGACACAUGACCAGCAGCAGCUGACACAAACGGAAGAACACUCGCAAACAAAAAAAGGCAGAAAGAACGAAAGAAAUGAAUGGCACCAACUCAUUGCUGCUGCACAUACCAGAAGGAAAAAUUUAGUUUUUAUGACCUUUUUAUUUCCAUUUAAGAACCCAGGAGGACAAAGGAUCUACUACUUAACUAGAAAGCAUGAUUUCGUAUAAAACAAAAGAGACAAAAAAACGUAGCAACCUAAAAAGAUGUUUCCUAUUGUCUGUGUCAGCAUGAGCGACUGCCGCCGCAUGGCCUGUCUUUAACCACAAAUAGUGAAGGGGAGGGGGGAUGCUUGGAGGGCACAGGCAUGCAAUGCAUUGUGGGCUAUACAUUUGGGGGACACAUUUUCUAAACCAGGGAGACAUUGAGCCAACGUUCCAUCAAAAACGGGAGUGACCAUGCGGAGGUGAACUAUGACCUCUACUCCAGCUAAGAGCAUCACUUACAGGUUGAGCUUCAACCAUCAGCGGAGCAUAUAUUGUGUGUCUUGUACAUAUUAUGGUAUGCACUAAGAUGCUCUCUUUCUCUCUCUCUCUCUCUGUGUGUGUGGCUGUGUUACAUGUGUUGUUAAAAUGUCACGCCAAUGAUGCUGCUUUUUCUGGACCAUACAGUAUUAUUCCUCCCUCUUGUUUCGCCCAUUCAAUCUGAACCUAUAUUCUAUUAUAUCUCUUUGUGUAUAUACCACAUACUAAUGUGACCUUGGAUACAUAUUCCCCACGCUCUCCGUGUACUUUUGCCUCUCUGACGCGACAUAAGACAUCUUCAGCAACUGUGUUCGGAGGUAAAGUUUGAGUCCUUCUUCAGAGCGGCAAUAAGAAAUAAGACGUUUUAUUAUAUCCUCCCUAUAGUGUCCAAAUACUACUUUCAACUAGUGCUGUCAAAUGGUUAUUUUUUAUUAAUCAUGAUUACCGUAUUUUCCGGACCACUGAAUUUUAGAAAAAAAAAAGGUUUCAUAUAUUAGCCACACCAGACUAUAAGCCACAGAUAUAUACACUAUAUUGUCAAAAGUAUUUGGCCACCAGCCUUGAAUCACAUAUGAACUUGAAGUGCCAUCCCAUUCCUAACCCAUAAGGUUCAAUAUGAUGUCGGUCCUUUUGCAGCUACUACAGCUUCAACUCUCCUGGGAAGGCUGUCCACAAUGUUGCGGAGUGUGUUUAUAGGAAUUUUCGACCAUUCUUCCAAAAGCGCAUUGGUGAGGUCACACACUGAUGUUGGUCGAGAAGGCCCGGCUCUCAGUCUCAAUUCUAAUUCAUCCCAAAGGUGUUCUAUAGGGUUCCGGUCAGGACUCUGUGCAGGCCAGUCAAGUUCAUCUACACCAGACUCUGUCAUCCAUGUCUUUAUGGACCUUGCUUUGUGCACUGGCGCACAGUCAUGUUGGAAGAGGAAGGAGCUUGCUCCAAACUGUUCCCACAAGGUUGGGGGCAUGGAAUUGUCCAAAAUAUUUUGGUAUCCUGGAGCAUUCAAAGUUCCUUUCACUGGAACUAAGGGGCCAAGCCCAACUCCUGAAAAACAACCCCACACCAUUAUUCCUCCGCUGACCCGUCUCUGUCAGUUCACGUGGCCUACCACUUUGUGGCUGAGUUGCGGUUGUUCCCAAACUCUUCCAUUUUUUUAUAAUAAAGCCAAAAGUUGACUUUGGAAUAUUUAGGAGCAAAGAAAUUUCACGACUGGAUUUGUUGCACAGGUGGCAUCCUAUGACAGUUCCACGCUGGAAAUCACUGAGCUCCUGAGAGCGGCCCAUUCUUUCACAAAUGUUUGUAGAAAUAGUCUCCAUGCCUAAGUGCUUGAUUUUAUACAAGUGAUUAGGACACCUGAUUCUGAUCAUUUGGAUGGGUGGCCAAAUAUUUUUGGCAAUAUAGUGUAAGUUGUAAAAUGAGAUAUUUACACAGAAAAAUCCAAAGAUUAGCCACACCUUUGUAUAAACCGCGAUGUUCAAAGCUUGGGAAAAAAUAGCGGUUUAUAGUCCGGAAAAUACAGUAAUCAUAGGUUAUCUAAUAACUGCUUGUUGAGUUAAUUUUUAUUAAUCAUGAUUACAGUAUUUUCCGGACCACUGAAUUUUUGAAAAAAUAUUUGUUUUCAUUUAUUAGCCGCACCAGACUAUAAGCCGCAGAUAUAUACGUUGUAAAAUGAGAUAUUCACACCGAAAAAUCCAUUGGUUAGCCGCACCUUUGUAUAAACCGCGGGGGGUACAAAGCUUGGGAAAAAAUAGCGGCUUAUAGUCCGGAAAGUACAGUAAUCACAGGUUAUCUAAUAACUGCUUGCUAAGUAAUUUUUUAUCAAUCAUGAUUACCGUUUUUUCCGGACCACUGAAUUUUAGAAAAAAAAAAGUUCUUAUAUUAGCCGAACCAGACUGUAAGCUGCAGAUAUAUAUGUUGUAAAAUUAAAUAUUUACACAGAAAGAUUUUGUAAAUGUUUAUUUACAUACCUUGAAUGUUUCCAAACGGUGCCUGUAACACGGCGGAUGAUCAAAGAAAACAGAAAAGUAAUUGAUGUCUUUGUUCAUCCUUUAUAAGAUUAAUACAAUUGUUCUUCUUUUUUAUAAGGUUCAAGAUGUUUAUCAGAUUCCUUCUUUGUAAUUUGUCAAAUCUGAGCUUGAAUGGUUUCUUAAAGUGGAUCAUUUUAGUGCACUGUUUGAUUUCUUUGCUUAAUCCAUUCCAUAAUUUGGCCAAUAGCGGAGAAAAAUCCACAGAUUAGCCGCACCUUUGUAUAAACCGCGGGGUUCAAAGUGUAGGAAAAAACUGUGGCUUAUAGUCCGGAAAAUACAGUAAUCACAGGUUAUCUAAUAACUGCAUGUUGAGUUAGAUGACUUGAAAAAGACCCCAAUAUUUGGACAAAAAUGCAAUUUUAUUGUCAGAAUGUCAAUCAGGAACAUUUUUUUAAAAUGUUUUGGGUUACUUGAAUGCACUACAAAUGCACUACAUUUACUCGCUGAAAACUUGGUAAUGUUCAGUAAAUUCCGUAAUUAAUCUGCGUGUAUACAUGAUUAAUGCGAUAAUUAUUUGUGAUUAAUUACAUGAGUUUACUCGUUAUUUUCCGCCAGCCCUACUUUUAACCCCUUACGAAGCAGUCCUCCGCCCCGAUAUAUGACGCACCACAUGACCAUCGCGUGUUGGUUGUGAGGGUUCCCGAUGUUUCGUCUCCUCGGCCAUUCGUGCACAUGUAGCAGAGUCAGCCACCGAUCACUGUGAAGAGAGACGGACCCACGCCUGUGAGCCCAAGCCUUGCUCAAUCAUUGUGCAAGUUGCAAUAAGUAGCUACGCAAAUAAACCGAUUGUGUAACGAUGACACACAGUUUGGGUGUCACAGUCUGUCAGUCGCAGCGUUACACUACUCGGAAAUGAUGUCAGUACAUUAAGAAUUGCACAUUCGAUCACUUUUUCCCUCUUAUACGGUUGACACAACAUCCAAAUCUGCAAGUUUUUGUUGCUCAUCAAGGGAAAUAUCUGUGCCAUCCCAUCUUUAAUACCUGCAAGCCUUUUUUUUUUCUAGAUAUUAUUCUCACAACAAGUUGCAAUAAACACUAUAUUAUAUGUUGAGAGAUGAUGAAUGUCAAGUCUUGGUAAACUGUUUUGUGUUAAUAAUGUGUUGACUAUAAUAUUUAGUAGAUCAGAUGAAAUAUACUGUCUCUAUUUGCUGUUAGCACUCUGUUUUCAUUGCAGACAUACUCGACUAUGGCGUUUUUUUUAAUCCUUUCAUUGGAUAUUUUUUCUAGUAUGUUCUUUUUUUAAUGCACCAAAAAAAAAGUGUGUAAUGGUGUCCUCUCCCUUAUGGGCUUAUUUUUUGAAGCAGGGGCCACUGAUGAUGUCAGGGUUGGGUUGGGAGGGGGGUCUAUUAUAAAACAAAUAGCAAUGAAGCUUGGCGGCUCCAAUGGUUAGCAGAUGACAAGCAUCUUUCCCCGCCGGUCCACGCCACUCCCACGUGGCGACACUUUGUGGAGGAGUCUUGUGUUACGUGCACGCGGAGGGAUGGUCAAUUACUAAUGGAGAUGCCAUGCACCCAUUCAUGCAAAAUGUUACCAUUGCAAAAACUAGGGAAGACAUUGUACUGUAUAUUCCUUUCAGAGUGGAUGGAAGACAAUAUUAGCGCAAUAGUAUAUUACUCAAUACUAAGGAAUGCAAAUGCACACAUGCACAGAAAAUGUUUUUAACAUAAAAGGCUAUAUAUAUAUAUGAAAUAUAUGAGAAUAUAUAUUUACUUAGAAUGCUAUGCACCCUUCCUUGUCAACUGGGAUUUUAGUUAUGUUAUGGAUGUACUUUUAGCAUCGAACCCAUGUAGCUACAAAGAGACUGUUGACUUCUGGGUAAUGCCUGCACCUGAGGAUGAAUUAAGGGUCUCGCGGGUAUUUGGACUUGUUUUGUUUGCAUUUUUUUAUUAUUGUUAUGGGGAAUCCAACAUCAAUUUAAAGUCGACAUGUACAAAAAAAGAAGUCUAAUCAACUCCAAGAACAUCUGUUGACAACCUACUCUGUACACCAGCUCAACAUUUACAAAAUUAAUAAAGAAAUGCAAUGUC